AUGGCUAUCUUCAACCUCGUUAUCCAGGCCUCGUGCCUUGGCUUCGUCUUUACCACACUUUACAUCGUCUCAUACAUCAUCUACAACCUCUUCUUCCACCCCCUCCGCCGCUUUCCCGGCCCAAUCCUUAUGCGCACAACACGAGCGACAUUCUGCUACCGACUCUGGCGCGGCACCCUCUCCUUCGACAUGCUUGAUCUCCACAGAAAGUACGGCGACGUGGUGCGCAUCGCCCCGGACGAGCUGGCGUACGCGGACCCCGCGGCGUGGAAGGAGAUCAUGGGCCACCGCGCCGGGAGUGUUGCGAAUGGUGGCCAGGCGCCGCUCGAGUUUGAGAAAUCUGCCGAGGAUAUCAUCACUGCGCCGGGGCCAGAGCACGCUAGGCUGAGGAGGACUUUGAGUCAUGGGUUCAGCGAUCGGAGUUUGAGGGAGCAGCAGCCUGUGAUUAUGAAGUAUGUUGAUAUCUUUAUCGCCAAACUGCGGGAGCUAGCAGAGGUUCCGGCCCAAAAUGCGUACCGAGACGAAGAAGGUGGCGGUGGCUCGGCGGCGGAUCUCAGAGAGAAGGGGACAACGGAGGUCGGGGAGCCAGUGAACCUGACGCUGUGGUACAAUUACUGCACCUUUGACAUCAUUGGGGACCUGGCCUUUGGGGAACCGUUUGGGUGCUUGGAGGGAGGGGACCUGCACCCCUGGGUGCGGACGAUGUUCGACAUGAUCCGACUGGGCGUCGCGCUGCAGACGGCGAACCUCUUUUCGGCGCUGAGGCGGUUGAUCACGGCGGUGAUGUCGACCAGGGCUAUGAGAGAGAGGAGAUUUGAGCACCAGGCCAUGACGAUGAAUAAGUUGAAGAGGAGGAUUGCGUUGGCGGAGAGGGAGGGGCCGAGGGCUGAUUUGCUUGAGGGGCUAUUGAAGAAGAAGCAGGAGUGGAACCUUUCGCUGCAACAGCUCGAGGGCAACGCGAGCAUCAUCAUUAUCGCUGGAUCGGAGACGACAGCGACGCUGCUUUCGGGGAUGACGUACCUCCUCUUGAAGAACCCAGAAAAGAUGAAGAAGUUGGUGAACGAAGUCAGAACGACGUUUGAUAAGGAAUCAGACGUCGAUCUCACAUCUGUGAAUAAACUGACGUACAUGCUCGCGUGCCUGGAUGAGGCGCUGCGGGUGUAUCCGCCCGUGCCGACGGGUCUUCCCAGGACGGUGCCAGAGGGUGGGGCUACGAUCCGCGGAGAGUUCCUUCCAGAGAAUACAACUGUUGCUGUCCACCAGUGGGCCAUGUACCAUAACGAGACCAAUUUCAAGAACCCCUUCCUCUUCCACCCGGAGCGUUUCUUGGGAGACCCGGAGUAUGCUUUAGAUCGCAGAGAGGCAUUCCAGCCCUUCCACAUUGGACCUCGGAAUUGCUUGGGACGGAACCUCGCGUACGUGGAGAUGCGGAUCAUGCUAGCGAGGCUUCUUUGGAACUUUGACCUCGUUCUGGCGGAGGAUAGCAAGGCUUGGGUGGAGACCCAGAAGAUUUAUACCCUGUGGGAAAAGGGGCCGCUGAAUGUUUACUUGAAGCCUGUCAUACGUGACUGA